AUGGAACUGUGGCGAAUCGCAUCUUUCUUAUACCUCGUACUGGGAGCUCUAUCCUUGGAUACAGAAUGGUGGAAAUACGGUACUAUUUAUCAAAUACUACUGAGAUCGUUUCAAGACAGCGAUGGCGAUGGAAUCGGAGACAUCAAAGGAUUAAUGUCCAGGCUGGAUUAUUUGGUCGAGAUAGGAAUAGAUACCGUUUACAUAAUGCCAUUUUAUCUCGCUUCCGGGGUUGAUACCGGUUACGAUAUCAUCAAUUAUAAAAAAAUAGAUCCUGACUACGGAACGAUGGAAGAUUUCGAAGAGUUGAUGAGGGAAAUGAAGUCUAGAGGUUUGCGUUGUAUAACGGAUUUGGUGAUUAAUCAUACCAGCCAUGAGCACGAGUGGUUCCAAAAGUCGAUCAAAGGAAUUGCUCCAUUCAAAGAUUACUAUGUUUGGGUUGAUCCAAAAGGAUAUGAUCAUAACUACAAUCCUAUUCCACCGAAUAAUUGGUUCAGUAUAUUUGUUAUGAGAUCAGACGGCACCGCUUGGACAUGGAACGACCAAAGGAAUCAAUUCUAUCUGCAUCAAGCCAACAUACAACAGCCAGAUUUAAAUUUAAGAAACCAACUAGUCAAAGACGAAAUAAGCGACAUAAUGAUGUUCUGGUUAGGGAAAGGAGUCUCUGGAUUUCGAGUCGACGCACCGAUGAUUUUCAUGGAAGAUGAUCAACUUCGGGAUAAUCUGCCAUUAAGUCCCGAAGCGACUGUUUUUACCAUGUUUUCAGAAUGCGAACGUACUUUCAAUCAUCCGGAUACUUUCAAAUACUUACACGAAUUGAACGUGUUUCUGGGGCAAUAUGAUCAAGUGAAUGCAAGACCAAUUCAAACGCUUAUGCUCGGAGAAACAUAUGGUCCAAUCCCAAACAUCGUCAAGUAUUACGGAACAAAGGAAUCGCCAGCAUUCCACGUGCCACUAAAUUUCCUUCUAACCGGUCUAGUAAAAUUCCAAAAUGCUCAAGAACUCAACGAUUUUCUUCACACUUGGCUCGACGCUGUACCUAAAGACAUGCCAUCAAAUUGGGCUCUGGGCAAUCAUGAUCAAGGCAGAGUCGCAAAUCACGUAGGUGUAGAAUACAGCGCUAUUAUGCUAACUUUGGGCACCCUGCUGCCGGGAACAUGUUCGCUGCACUAUGGAGAGGAGAUCGGCAUGGGGCAGAACAAUUUGGUUAGAAAAGUGGACAAAUACAAUAGGCUUUUUCAUCGCACACCCAUGCACUGGGAUGAUACCGCAAAUGCUGGUUUCACUACUGCCACUGAGGCUUGGCUACCAGUGCAUCCGAGUUACUGGAAUAUCAACGUGAAAAGCCAAAAAAACACACCGAACAGCAUGUUGAAUUUUUUUAAAGAUUUAAUGGGUCUUCGAAAAACUGAUACAAUAAAGCACGGUGGUUUGAAAUUCUAUAUUAUAUCAGAAUGGGUAUUAGCGUUUUCUAGAACUUACAAGGAAACUAUUUACAUCGCUAUGAUGAACUUGGGAACCGAAUUGGAACCAAUUAAAUGGACUGGAAUAAAGAAUAUUCCAGAAGCGCUGACUUUAGCAGCUUCCAGUCCUAAUUCUCUGUAUAAAAAAGGUUUCAAAAUGGAAACGAAAUCGGCACAGUAUUUUCUGAGGCCUCAUUCUGUUCUUAUACUGACAUCGGAUUCUGUAAUUACUCCCAAACCUGAAAGUGGAAACGCCAGUUCAUCAGAUGGAUCUACAAACCAACAACAGCAACAACAUUCUGAUAUAAAUAUUAUAUGUUUACGUAUUUACAAAGGUUUACCUUCAUUAAAAUAUUUACCUGAUGAAUAA